GUUUUCGAUAUAAACUUAUAAAGUCAUAUAAAGCCAUGUAUAACGUCGGAAAACCACCGCAAUCCCUGAGUUCUCUGAUUGCUUCUCGCCGGUAACCAUCUUGAUAUUAUGUACUGAAUUCAAUGCCUGUAACGCACACCCCAGCCUGAUACUGUAGGCGGCAAAGCACAAACUUGUCUUGGCUGUGACCAUCGACGUCCUCUACCACUACCACGGCCUCCCUCAACGCCAUGACUGGGAAGAUCACCCUGAGUAGUGUUUCUCUCAUCUUUGCCUGUGGAACAGCUCUGUUUUCUGAUGGUUAUGCCAACAAUGUCAUUGGUUCUGUCAAUACUCUUCUAAAACGCAUAUACGGCACUGGUUCAGACGGCAUCACUACGAACUACAGCACCACACUCUCUAGUGUCGCCUUCGCAGGCACCGUGGUGGGUAUGUUCACCUUUGGCUACCUCUCCGACAAAGCCGGACGCAAAUUUGGUAUGAUGUCCGCAACUGGGAUCGUUGCAGUAUUUUCUGGUCUCUCAUCUGCUUCGUCUGGUGCUAACAAUAGCCUUGACGGUAUGCUUGCUAUGCUUAUUGCAUGUCGCUUCCUUCUUGGGAUUGGCAUUGGUGCUGAAUACCCUUGCGGUUCCGUGUCCGCAUCUGAACAGUCGGAGGAAGAGGGCAUUGCUAAGAACUCGCAACACCAAUGGCUUGUGCUAGCCACGAAUACUAUGAUUGAUUUUGGUUUCGUUAUUGGGGCAUUCGUACCAUUGGUACUUUACUGGAUAUUCGGAGACAACCACCUUCGAGCCAUCUGGCGCCUCUCGCUUGGGCUUGGUGUAGUUCCUGCUACUGGUGUCUUUUUUUGGCGGCUACGCAUGGAGGAACCUAAUCGCUACAAGCGCGAUUCAAUGAAGCAUGUCCGUAUUCCAUACCGACUAGUCAUUAAAAGAUACUGGCGUGGCCUGCUUGGCAUCUCGUUGGCAUGGUUCAUCUAUGACUUCAUCACAUACCCAUUCGUACUUUAUUCAUCCACAAUCACCGAUACCGUUACCGGCGGCAAUUCAUCCCUCAGCGUCGUCUUUGGUUGGUCUGUUGUGAUCAACCUGUUCUACAUUCCAGGCACCGUUAUAGGUGCCUUCUUCGUUGAUCUCAUGGGUCCAAAGGCCACCAUGAUCACUGGCCUUCUCGCACAAGCGGUCAUUGGAUUUAUCAUGAGUGGUCUUUAUACCCAGCUGUCACAACACGUUGCCGCUUUUGCUGUGGUGUACGGCAUCUUCCUGAGCUUCGGCGAGUUUGGUCCUGGAAACUGCGUUGGUGUAGUGGCUGCAAAAUCCGGGCCUACUGCUGUGCGUGGCCAGUAUUACGGUGUUGCAGCUGCCACUGGAAAAAUUGGCGCAUUUAUUGGAACUUGGGUGUUCCCUGUGAUGAUCAAGGAUUUUGGUGGCUCAAGUUCAGCUAAAGGGAACACUGGCCCCUUCUGGUUUGCCAGCGGUCUUGCCAUCCUAAGCGCAAUCAUUGUAUACUUUCUUGUGACGCCUUUGGACCACGAUGGUAUGAAGAAAGAAGAUGCCAAGUUCCGAGAAUACCUCGAAGCGCACGGUUUCGACGUCUCACGUAUGGGCCUUCCCAAAACUGAAAACGUGUCACAUGCGGAAGGCAAAGAGGCGAGUUCAGCGGUCAAGGACACUGACUCAGCGACCAAAGUUUAGUUGUGCUGCAAGUAGAUGGGCCUUUACGUUUGUGUUUGUGUACCAUGAUGUUUUUUUGCUCACUUGUAUAAAUACCUUCUGAAUAACUCAAGAUGCAUAGUCUUCAGAGAUCUAGA